CACCAAACCCACGAACUUCGUCGCCAUAUUGAGUCAAAACAAGGAACAUCAAGAACUUCCACGAAUGAUUGUUUUGAAGAAUAGGAUAUGGAUUCCUUAGAGGUGAAUACUAUAAAACAAGAUCUUAAUGAAGAAGAUACUGAAUUCACAAGUGGAGAUGGAUGCAGCAAACUGGCACAUAAUUCCAAUCUAGUGGCUGAUUCACAAAUUCAUGACGAUGACUCAGACUUGAAACACCUGGUUGACGACAGAGAAAGUCCUGUAAUAAUAAGAGAUGAAACUAUAGUUCAGCUUCAAAAUCCCGGUCCCAAUGUACCUACUUCUAUCCAAGCCAGUCCUGACCAGCUUAAUGACCUUCAGAGUUACCUUGUGACCUUUAACAAGGAAAUAGGACACGGAGGACAGCCAACAGGUUACAGCAUAGGGGAAAUACAAGUAGAUUCUAGUAAUAUACAAAAUUCAUCAAGACCUGUUUUAUUCAGUGAUGGUCAGAUAAUAAAUGUUUCUACUAGUCUACAUUCUAACCAAGGACUGUCCAGUAUAAGUGAUGAUAGUAAAGUAGAGAUUUCCAUGACAACAGAUAACCUUGACCCUCAGAGCCAGACCUUGAAGUUAGCAGAGGCUCUGUCUAACAGUGGUGCACUUAUACAUCAAACUGACAAUGUUAUCAGUCAAAGUGUGUUAUCUCCCCUGUCACAUUCACCAGAUCAGCAGCAGAGAACUGUUGUUUUACAAGGACUACCAGGGGCCCCAGGAACUUUGGUACAGGUUAAUGUUCCAGGGAAAAAAGUUUUACCAGUUGUCUCCCUUGAGGGCAAAGAACAGAUGCAACAGAUGCAGGUGUCUAUGGAUUCCAUGACAACGGUUAUUCCCCAGAUAAUUCAUGUGUCUCAGCCAUCAGAAAUAUUACAACCAGGGAUAGAGGCUAUGAAAACUGAUGUGAUUACCACAGUAGCUUCAAAUUCAGCUGGAAUGGGAUCACUUCAAGGACUUCAGAUAGGACAGGCAGAUAUAACCAAUGCUCAGUUGAUAGCCUUACAGAAUGCUGAGAAUGCCAAUCCACAGUUAGUGACCGUAAAUAAUUCACAAGAGAUCCAAUUGAUGGGAACUAGUGAUGCAGAGACAGGGUCAAACACCAAUUUCCAAACAGUUUCAAUUGUUCCCACAUCAGUGGAUCAGGGGGGAGAAAUGAAUUAUGUUUUGAUUGUUUCACAACCAGAUGGUGAAAAAGAAGGCGGCUCUCCAAAACAGUUUGCCUUAGAUAUGGGAAUGUUUCAACCAGUCUUUGAUUUCAAAGAUGGACAAAAUCUGGUUGAAGAAGUUGUUGAUGAUGAUGGAACCACAAGGAAAAUAAUACGGGUGAAUUCAGUGAAUCCUAAAAAGUUUGAAAUGGUUCAAUCCCCUGCUGCACAGCUGCAAUGUCAUUAUUGUAGCUACACUGCUCCAAAACGUUACCUCAUGAUGCGUCACAUGAAAACACACUCUGAAGACAGACCUUAUCAGUGUAAUCUUUGUGAGAAGAGUUUUAAAACACAUGCAUCUCUUCAAAACCAUGUAAAUACACAUACUGGCGUUAGACCACAUAAAUGUAAGGACUGUGAAAUGGCAUUCACUACCUCUGGAGAACUUGUUAGACAUAUUCGUUACAAACACACAUUUGAAAAACCACACAAAUGUACAGAAUGUGAUUAUGCUAGUGUGGAAUUAAGUAAACUUAAAAGGCAUAUAAGAUCACACACUGGAGAGAGGCCUUAUCAAUGCCCACACUGCCCGUAUGCCAGCCCUGACACGUACAAGCUGAAACGUCAUUUGAGAAUUCAUACAGGAGAGAAACCCUAUGAAUGUGAUGUGUGUCAUGCACGUUUUACACAGAGUAACAGUCUGAAGGCACAUAAACUUAUACACUCUGGUCUAAAACCAGUUUUCCAGUGUGAACUUUGUCCAACAACAUGUGGUAGAAAAACUGAUCUAAAAAUACACAUGAUGAAAUUACACAGUAAUGACAAACCUGUAGACUGUAAGAAAUGUGGCAUGGUAUUUCAAGAUCGUUACAGCUUUAAAUUACAUUUGAAAACUCACGACGGUGAGAAAUGUUUCAAAUGUGAUCAGUGUGAAUAUGCUGCUUUAUCACAACGUCAUUUAGAAAGCCAUUUGUUAACUCAUACAGGUUUUUAUGUGUUUGGAGAAAAACCUUUUGAAUGUGACGAGUGUGAACAAACAUUUAGACAAAAACAGCUUCUUAAGCGUCACAAAAAUUUGUACCACACACCAGACUACAGCCGACCAGAACCCAAAGAGAAAACUUAUGAAUGUAAUUUAUGUGAUAAAUCUUUUGCAAAUAAAGGUAAUUUGUUACGUCACAUGCAGAACCAUGAUCCAGAAUACUGGAACAAGAAGUUAGGAGAUGGAGGAAAUGUUGCCCUGUCAACAGAGGAUCUGAUCCAAGGGUCGUUACUCAAUGACAUGAGAGAUGGGAAAUUAGGCUCCGCCCCCAAAGUUGUGAUUGUCCAUCCAAAUGGUAGUGUAGAGGAGGUAACCUCCAGACUACAGAAUCUGGUUGCUGAGAAACAGAUGGAAGAAAUGAUGGUUGAGGUUGUACAAGAUGGCGGCAGCCCAACAUCAGUAUCUACACAUAGUUUAGAAGAGGCUAUUAGGAAUCAAGUAGAGGCUGCAAUACAAUCACAUGCUUUAAAGGCAUUAGAGAUAGCUAAAACAAACAGUGGAGAUGACUCUGCAACAGACAACUUAACCAUUGAUCUAGAUAGACCAACUCACAUAGUGACAGGGCAGCCUAAACAAACUUUCAGUAGACAGGAAUUGGAAAUGGAAACAGAAAGUAGUUCUGGUUCCCAUAAUGGAUGCAUUACACUUAGUACCAGUCAGACAGGAUGGGACACUGAACACAUGAAUAAAAUUCCUGAUCAUAUUGUUCUUGUCAAACCAAAAGAUAAAAGGGGGGUGAUUAAAAUUGUAUCUGAAACAAGUCAAGAUAUAGAUGAGGGUAAAGAGAGUAAAAGGGAUUUGAUUGAAGGGGUGGGGAUAGACGUAGACAAUAUAAGUGCAGAUUUGAAUGAACAAAGUGUUUUACCUGACCAACUGGACCAUGAAAUGGAAAAUGGCGAUAAUACUCAGUCUUAGAUCUAUGUUACAGUUUUUUGUUUACUUAUACAUUUAUUGUAAAUGUUUUGUUAAUUUAUACUAGUUUAUUGUUGUUAUUAUAAUUUGAAAAUUUAUUGGUCCUUCAUAUUAUAUCAUGCUACAAAGAAGCCAGAAGAAAUUUUAACUUACCGUAAACCAAUUUAACUUUGUGUUGACCUCUCAGAGAAUUCCUUUCUUACUGUUUUUGCUAUGUUGUUACCUUGUUGGUGUAUUCAUAAAAGAGAAUGUCAAGUUUGCCGAACUAUCCACCAACCUUUUUUUAGUAAAGUUUUAUGUGUUUAGUGAACUUAAGUCUGUUCUAUCAGGCUUUGUUGAUGUAAUUAUGAAAGUAAAGAUCAUAAAUAGACUAUAGAUUGACGCAAAGAAUUAUAAUCAUUUUAUUUUUCUACUUGGUUUUAAGAAAUCACUGACCAAAAUAUUAAAUAAACAGUAUUUUAUUAGAGAUAAAUCAUUCAAACAGCAUUCAUGGUAUAAAAUGUUAAAUUCACCCUUGAUUUUUUGUAAAAAUCAUGAUUUUGAUCAAAUUAAAUCAGGAAUUAUGUCUUCAAAUCCUGUUAUAAUCACUUAAUAAUAAUUCAGUUUAAAAAGUUUGUGCUUUUUCUGUGUAAAAAUGUCUUUUUUAAUCUUUAUGAUGACUUUUGCAUUAUAUUUUAUUAUAUAAGACCUGAACAUUUGUGCAACAGAAUUUCUAAAUUGACCUGAUGUAUAGAUGUAACACAUGAAUUAAGGAUGUACUUAGGUGAGGUUAGGUAAAAAUUAAGAAAUUAAAAUUGAUACUAUAAGCUGGUAGAGUAUUCAUUAAGGAUAAAGAUAAGCUUAAAUAUUGAUAGGUCAUGGACCUCCUUUUCAAGAUAUUUGAGAUUUAAAAUAUGACAGGAAAAGGCUGACUUGGACUUUUACCUUAUAUUUGGAUUGGUAUUAUUUAAGUCUCAAAACAAAAGAAAGAAAAUCAAGAGUCUUCUAAUAUUUGGGUAAAUGAUCUUUCAUGAGCUGUUAGGGAAGACAUCAAAAGUUCAAUGAAGGAUAAAAAACUUAAUUCACAUAGUUUUUUCACUGACCCCCACACACCCCUUCCUAACUUAAUUUGGGAAAAAUGAUUGACCAAUAGGGAUAUAUGUAAAAUCGAUUUGAGAUCAAUAAAACUUGCAGCAAUGUUGACUCCCACCCCCAAACUAUUUGAUUUAAGUUUUUUAUCCUACAUCGUUCUUUUGAUGUCGUCCCUUUAGGAUGUAUUUUUCUGACUUUUCAGUCUCAUUCAGUCUCGUUGAAAUCUUGUUCUUCAAUAAUUUUGAAAACAUGCUAUACAAGUGGAAAAUAUCAAUGAAUUUUUAAAUAUUAUAAUCAAACAUAACUCUGUUAAAAAAUCAUCACUUUUAAGAUGUUUUUUGUCAAAAUUGGAAGUGUCCACACCUGUGCUCAUCCUCAUCCUUUAUAUAUGUUAUGUAAUAUCAUAAAAUAGAACUUACAUUUCAAUAUUAUGAAUGAACAUGAAUACGGCCACUUUUAAAUAAGACUGAAACCACUUAAAAAAUUAACUUAAAUGCUAAAAUGAUGCUAGUACCUGAUAUAUGUGCAUUGCAAUGUCACAAACAGCCCAUAUUUAGUCAGCAGAAGCAUUGGUCUUUCCAAUAAAUAGCUAUAAGAUUAAUUUUCACAAUUUUGUAAAACUGCUAUAUUUUAGGGCCAAAGGGGUCAUACUGAACCUACUCCUUUGAAUAACAAGGUAUAAGCUUACAUGAUUUUAAGUGUUAAAAACACAAAACUUAUUUAUUUUGCAUGCUGUUGUAUCAAACCACAAAGAGAACAAAAAUUCAGUUUCUUAGUUUAUGUACUAAAUAAUGUAUAUUAAACAUUGACUGUUAACUUAUUAGUGUGUUUAUAUGUACAAAAGAUGAUUUUCAAUGUUUCUUUAUUGUCAGAUAUUUAAAAUAAAACG